GAGGGACUGGAACAGGACUGGGAUGGACUGGGACAUACUGGGAGGAGCCUCAGCUCAGAGGGUCCCCAAACUCAGCUCGGGAGGAACCCAAGCCCAGCACAGAGGGUGCCCAAGGGGAUCCCUAAACCCGGCUUAUGGGAUCCCCAAGCCCAUCUCAGGGGGGGGUCCCAAAAGGGUCCCUAAGCCCAGCUUUGAGGGUCCCCAAGUCCAACUCAGGAGGAUCCCAGGCCUGUCCCCUCUCCAGUGUCUUCUCUCACCCUCUCACCUGCCUGGGUUCCAGGUGUGGCCAUGGAGGGGUUGCAGGGGAGGGGCCACGACCCCAACUUUUCCCAGCGGAUCCCGGAGGAGCCUCCAGGGGAGGAGGAAGAAUCAGGGGAGGAAGAAUUUGGUGAAGAACGAGGGGAGGAGGAAGAAACUGGUGAAGAACCAGGUGAGGAAGAACUUGGUGAAGAACCAGGAGAGGAGGAAGAACCAGGAGAGGAAGAACCUGAUGAUGAACCAGGUGAGGAGGAACCAGGUGAGGAAGAACUUGAAGAACCAGAUGAUGAAGAACAUGGUGAGGAAGAGCUUGAUGAGGUCCCAGGUGAGGAAGAAGAACCAGGUGACGAAGACCAGGAGGCCACUCAGGUGGCACCAGGAAGAGCCUCCUGCGCCCAGGUGAGGCCUCCAGGUGAGGCCUCAGCCCCUCCCCUGCGCCAGCAGAAGCCCCGCCUGUACCUGAACCCCCGGCAGCCCCGCCCCGGCCGGGAUCACCUGGAGAGCCCCGAAGAACCUGGACCUUCCCAUGGGAACCACUUGCAGAUGCUGUGGGGCCGCCCGGGUGAGCUGGGCCACCAGGUGAGCCCAGGUGAGCUGAGCCCAGACGAGCUGGGCCCAAACGAGCUGGGCCACGCAGGCGAGCUGAGCCCGGAUGAGCUGAUCCCAGGCGAGCUGGGCCCAGGCGAGCUGAGCCCGGGCGAGCCCAGCCAGGCCUUCGUGCAGCUCAUCGAUGAGCGCGGCGUUUACUCCACAGCCAAGCUGGUGCUGGGCGGCCGCGGUGGCGCCGGUGCCGUAACCCCCACGGGCGAGGGGGAGCGGGCGGAGCCGCCAGGCGAGGCGCUGGCGCCGCUGGAGAUCCGACGGGUGAUUGUGGCCGAGAAGCCCUUCCAGUGCCCCGUGUGCCACAAGGGCUUCAAGCGGGCCUGGGAGCUGCUGAGCCACGAGGUCGUGCACACCGAGGCGCGGCCCUUCACCUGCCAGGCCUGCGGGGCCACCUUCAAGCGCCACUCGGACUUCAAGAGCCACGGGCUGGUGCACACGGAGGAGCGGCCGCACCGCUGCGACCUGUGCGGCAAGCGCUUCAAGCGCUCCUCCAACCUGCAGGAGCACCGGCGCAUCCACAGCGGGGAGCGCCCGUUCGCCUGCCCGCGCUGCCCCAAGGGCUUCAAGACGCCCUACGAGCGCCAGCGGCACGCCCUGACCCACCUGGGCGCCGAGCGGCCCUUCCGCUGCGGCGACUGCGGCAAGGAGCUGGCAACGGGCGCGGCGCUGCAGCUGCACCGGCGGCAGCACUGCGAGGACAAGCCGCACGCCUGCGGCGUCUGCGGCAAGAGGUUCACCUACGGGCACUCGCUGAAGGUGCACGAGCGGGUGCACACCGGCGACCGGCCCUUCACCUGCGGCCUCUGCGGGAAGGGCUUCAAGCAGAGCAACGCGCUGGCGUCGCACGAGCGGGUGCACACGGGCGAGCGGCCCUUCGCCUGCCGCACCUGCGGCAAGGCCUUCAAGCAGUCGUCCUACCUGGCCAUCCACCAGCGGGCGCACACGGGCGAGCGGCCCUACGGCUGCGAGGCCUGCGGCAAGGCCUUCGCCCGGCCCUCGCUGCUGCUGCAGCACCGGCGCGUGCACAGCCAGGCCCGGCCCUACGAGUGCAGCUUCUGCCACAAGUUCUUCAAGGACCUAGCCUACCUGGGCGUGCAUGAGAAGGUGCACACAGGGGAGACGCCCUACAAGUGCGGGGUGUGUGCCAAGGGCUUCGCCCACCCCUCCAACCUGCUGCAGCACCAGCGCGUGCACAGGGACACCUUUGUGAACCCCCCAGGCGCCAAGGUCGCACUCGGCCAAGGUGUUUUCCUCACCUGUGCAGCCCACCUGGUCCAGCAGGAUGGGCCCCGCCCCUUCCCCAAAGCGGGCGUGGCCAGGGGCAGCCACAGCAUCCCCGCAGCCCACCUGGCGGCAGGGGGUGGGGCCGCCUGCCAGGCGCACCUGGGGCUGCUCCUCCGUCACGUUGGCACCUGGGCAGGUGACGUCGUCCAGCCAGAUGGGCCCCGUCCCCCGCCCAAAGUGGGCAUGGCCGUGGGCGGCCUGGGCCUCCCCACAGCCCAACUGGCGACAGACCACCUGGUUGUCAUCACAGACCGUCCCCCAUUGGCCGUCGUGGAGCACCUCGACACGUCCCAUGCACAGGUGGUCCAGGUGGUCACAGGUGUGCGGCCCCCAGGUGAUGCCUGGGCACUGCGCGAUGUUGGUUUCGUUGCCAAUGCACCUGAGCCCAUCCAGCCAGACGGGGCCGGGCCCUGCCCCGAAACGGGCAGCCCCAGGUGUGCUGAGGGCGUGACCACAGCCCAGGUGACGGCAGACCACCUGGGCGGCCUCCAGGCUCCAGGUGUGGCCGCAGACGGUGCCCCAGGAGGGCCCCUCGUCACCCCGGCAGGUAACGGCCUCCAGCCAGGUGGGCUCACCCUCGCCCGCUUUCACCUGGGCCACGGCAGCCGCCCCCCCGCAGCCCACCUGGGCGCAGACCACGCGGGCGGCUGCCAGGUGCCAGGUGUGGGCGCAGACCCCACCCCAGCGCCCGGCGUGGAGCACCUGCACCCGCCCCGAGCACCUGUCAGCGCCAUCAGCCAAACGCAGGUGGGUCAGGUCGGCCAGGUGAGCCCGUCCAGCCAGAUGGGGCCCCGCCCCUCCCCGAAGCGUGCCCGGGGCGGGGCCGAGAUCACCUGCCCGCAGCCCAGGGCGGUGCCGCAGCCCAGGUACCGACAGACAACCUGGGCGGCCUCUUGGGACCAGCCCUUGGCGCAGACCCCGCCCCACUUGUCCAGGUGCAGCAGCUCCACCCGCCCGGCGCAGCGGUGGGAGCCGUUGGCCAAGCGCAGGACUCACCUGGGCAUCUGCCAGGUCCCAGGUGUCAUCGCAGACCGUGCCCCACCUGCCGUUGUGGAACACCUCGACCCUCCCAGCGCAGCGACUGCCAGAGCUCACCAGGCGCACCUGCCAGAUGACGUCGUGGCCCCGCCCGAAGUGGGCGUGGCCGGGCGCGGCCAGGGCGUGGCCGCAGCCCAGGUGGCGGCAGAUCACCUGCGCGUCCCGCAGGUCCCAGCCAUCGUCGCAGACCGUGCCCCACCUGUGCAGUUGUGGUGUCCCCAGGGCCGCGCCCGGCACUGCCCCAGGUGCCGCUCGUGCCCCACGCACUUCACCUCGUCCAGCCAGAUGGGCCCCUCGCCCUCGCCGUACCUGGCGCCGGGGGCCAGCGCCCGCAGCCGCCCGCAGCCCACCUGGGCGCAGGUGACCUCGCCCUCGGCCACGCCCCAGCCGUCGUCGCACACCGUGCCCCAGGUGAGGUUGUGCAGCACCUCCACUCGCCCCGAGCAGCCGUCGGGACCCCCCUGGAGCCGCACCGAGACCUCUGCGGGGGACGGGGACGCACCUGGGACAGGGAGGGUCCGACGCCCACCUGAGCCCCCCAUCCUGGCCCAGGUGUGCAUGCCCGACAUGAGGCUCCUUUACCUGCAGAGUCACCUGGGCCUGCUCCUCUACCUGUCCCUGAGUGGUCUCGCCCUGGCCCCGCCCUCACCUGUCCCGAUGCGCCUGGCGGGCGGCCCCGGGCCCUGCGCGGGGCGCGUGGAGGUGCUUCACCUGAGCAGGUGGGGGACACUCUGUGGCCACACCUGGGGCCUGGCCGAGGCUGAGGUGGUCUGUCGCCAGGUGGGCUGUGGCCCUGCCCUGUCGGCGCUGGGCGAGGCCCAUUUCGGGCAGGGGGAGGGGCCAGUGUGGCUGGACCGGGUCACCUGCACGGGCACCGAGGGCCACCUGGGCGAGUGCCAGGUGGGGCACUGGGGAGAGGCCAGGUGUGAGCACAGCGCCGACGUGGGCGUGGUCUGCGCAGGAGCAGAGGCGGUGCCGCGGCUGCAGGUGCGCCUGGCCAACGGCUCCAGCACCUGCGCGGGCCGGGUGGAGCUGUUCCACGAGCACAAGUGGGGCACGGUCUGCGACGACACGUGGGACCUGCAGGACGCGCAGGUGAUCUGCCGCCAGCUGGGCUGCGGCCACGCCCUGGCCGCGCCCGGCCAGGCCCACUUUGGCCAGGGGGCGGAUCCCAUCUGGCUGGACGGUGCCCACUGCACAGGUAGGGAGCAGGAGCUGGUGCAGUGCCAGCUGCACACCUGGGGCGAGCACGACUGUGGCCAUAGCGAGGACGCGGGCGUGGUGUGCACAGGUCCCACCCCCCUGCAGGUGCGGCUGCGGGAUGGCCCUGGGCCCUGUGCGGGGCAGGUGCAGGUGCUGCACAACCACACCUGGCUGGGCGUGUGCGGCCACACCUGGAGCCUGCUGGAGGCACAGGUGGUGUGCAGGGAGCUGGGCUGCGGCCCCGCCCUCAGCGCACCUGUCAGGGCUCACCCGGCCCCAGGGACGAUGAUGGAGGGUAUCACCUGUCGGGGCUCUGAGAUGCUGCUCCUGGAGUGCCUGAAGGAGGGGGCAGGGCCAGGUACCUGCCAUGCAGGUGGGGCUGCCCGAGUGGCCUGCGAGGAGGUCGAAGACCUGCUGGGCUCCUGUUCGGUGCUGGAGGGGCUGCUGGGGGUGGGCGGGGGGCUCUGCGGGGCCCUCCUGGGGCUCUACCUGUGGGCCAGGUGUGCCAGGUGGGGCCGGCGCUUCACAGAGAUGGGGCGUGACCUCAGGAGGGAGGGGGUGUGGCCUCGUGAGGCAGCGCGGCCCGGUCGUUGCGCGGCGGCGGGUCCAGCCCUGCCCUGGUUCGGGCCCUGGAGGAGCCUCCGAGAUCCCGGCGCGGCGCCGGCGGCUGAGCGAGAACCGGGUGUGACCAUGGCGGGCGCCGCCCCCGCUCCAGGUGCCCCCGAGCACCCCUUCACCUGCCGGGAGUGCGGGAAGUCGUUCCGCUGGUCGUCCCGCCUGUCCCACCACCUGCGCAGCCACACCGGUGAGCGGCCCUACAAGUGCCCCGAGUGCCCCAAGGCCUUCAAGGGCUCCUCCGCCCUCCUCUACCACCUGCGGGGCCACACGGGUGAGCGGCCCUACACCUGUGCCACCUGCGGCAAGGCCUUCAAGCGCUCCUCGCUGCUGCAGACUCACCUGAGGGUGCACACGGGCAUCAGAGCCUUCGAGUGCGCCCAGUGCGGCCUCACCUUCAAGUGGGCAUCACACUACCAGUACCACCUGCGGGCGCACACGGGGGAGCGGCCCUACCGCUGCCCCGCCUGCCCCAAGGCCUUCAAGAACUCCUCAAGCCUGCGGCGGCACCGCCACACCCACACGGGGGAGCGGCCCCACACCUGUGGCACCUGCGGGAAGGGCUUCGCGCAGGCGGCCAACUUGCGGCAGCACCUGCGGGUGCACACGGGGGAGCGGCCCUACACCUGCGGCACCUGCGGCAAGAGCUUCACCCACUCCUCCAACCUGCACCUGCACCGCCGCACCCACGGCCCCGCCCAUCCACCAGGGCACACUCUCUUGGCCUCGCUCACCUGCCCGCAGAGGUCCCCGCUGGGACACGGCCCCAACACCCCCGAGGAGCCGCCGCGGAGAGGCCUCACCUGUGUGGGGCGGGAGGCGGCCGGGCCGCCCCCGGCGCCACCCCAGCGCUGCCUCGCCUGCGGGAAGAGCCCCAAGAGCCCUUCGAUGCGGCCUCACCUGCCCGAGCGGCCCCGGGGCAGCCCCUGCGCCAAGCCCUGCGCUCACCUGGCGGGUCCGCCCGAGGAGGUGGCUGAGGCCACGCCCGCCCCUGAGGAGCCGCCGCCGCCCCCCGAGCGGCCAUACCGGUGCGGUGAGUGCGGCAAAGCCUUCAAGGGCUCCUCAGGGCUGCGCUACCACCUGCGGGACCACACGGGCGAACGGCCCUACACCUGCGCCACCUGCGGCAAGGCCUUCAAGCGCUCCUCGCUGCUGCAGACUCACCUGAGGGUGCACACGGGCAUCAGAGCCUUCGAGUGCGCCCAGUGCGGCCUCACCUUCAAGUGGGCAUCACACUACCAGUACCACCUGCGGGCGCACACGGGGGAGCGGCCCUACCGCUGCCCCGCCUGCCCCAAGGCCUUCAAGAACUCCUCAAGCCUGCGGCGGCACCGCCACACCCACACGGGGGAGCGGCCCCACACCUGCGGCACCUGCGGGAAGGGCUUCGCGCAGGCGGCCAACUUGCGGCAGCACCUGCGGGUGCACACGGGGGAGCGGCCCUACACCUGCGGCACCUGCGGCAAGAGCUUCACCCACUCCUCCAACCUGCACCUGCACCGCCGCACCCACUCAGCUGCGCGGCCCUUCCGCUGCCCCACCUGCCCCAAGGCCUUCGUUGUGGCCGCCUACCUGCAGCGCCACCUGCGCACCCACCGCACACCUGAGCCGCACCCUCCGGCCUGCCUGCUGCUGCGGGAGGGGUUGGCCCCGCCGCCCACCACGCCCCGUAAGGUGCUGCUGCUGCCCGGCCCCACCAAGCCUGCCCAGGUGCCUGCACGGGCUCACCUGGCGCAGGUGGGGAAGGGGCCGCACACCUGGCAGAGCGUCCUGGUGGUGCCACCUGGGGCAGGGCAGGAGGGGGCAGGGACGAGUGUGAUUGUGCUGAGGGGCGGGAUGGGGCCUGCAAGUGUGCAGGUGCAGGUGGCUGAGGCGGCAGGGGUAGCGACAGGUGUGGCAGGGGUAGCGACAGGUGUGGCAGGGGUAGCAACAGGUGUGACAGGGGGGGCAGGUGUGCAGCUCCUCCAGGCCACUGAGAUGACAGGUGUGGUGGGUGUCACAGGUGUGUCAGCUGUGUCAGGGGUCACAGGUGUGACAGAUGUGUCAGGGGUCACAGGUGGGACAGGUGUGGCAGGUGUCCCAGGUGUGCAGCUCCAGGUGUUGCCAGAGGUCACCAAUGUCCAGGGCAGGGAGGGGACGGGUGUGACAGGGGUGACAGCUGUUCCAGGUGUGGCAGGUGUGACAGGGCUGCCAGGUGUGCAGCUCCAGGUGUUGCCGGCAGCCCAGGAGGUCACCAAUAUCCAGGUGCAGGGCAGGGAGGUGACAGGAGUGAGAGGUGUGACAGGUGUGGCAGGGAUGACAGGUACCACAGGUGUCACGGGGGUGACAAGUGUGACAGGUGUGACUGGUGUCACAGGUGUGACAGGUGUUUCAGGUGUCACAGGGGUGCAGCUUCAGGCCACCGAGGUGACAGGAGUGCCAGGUGUGACAGGGGUGCCAGGUAUGACAGGUGUGACAGGAAUGCCAGGUGUCACAGGUGUGACAGGAGUGACAGGUGUGCCAGGGGUGACAGAUGUCACAGGCGUCACAGGUGUGACAGGGGUGACAGGUGUCACAGGUGUUGCAGGUGUGACAGGGCUGCAGCUCCAGGUGCUGCAGGCGCCCUCCGAGGUGACCAAAGUCCAGCUCCAGGUGUUGCCGCCACCACCUGAGGUGACCAAUAUCCAGCUCCAACCGCUGCCACCACCCUCAGGUGUCACCAGAGUGCAGCUCCAGGUGCUGCCACCUCCACCUGAGGUCACCAAAGUCCAGCUCCAGGUGCUGCCACCACCCCUGGAUGUCACCUGUGUCCAGCUCCAGGCAGGUGAGGUGGCCAAUGUCCAGCUCCAGGUGUUGCCACCGCCCCCUGAGGUGACCAGUGUCCGGCUCCAGGCACAGCCACCACCCUCAGGUGUCACCUGUGUCCAGCUCCGAGCAGGUGAGGUGGCCAAUGUCCAAGUCCAGGUGCUGCCACCACCGCCUGAGGUGCCCAGUGUUCAUCUCCAGGCCACUGAGGUGAUGAGUGUCCAGCCCCAGGUGCUGCCACCACCCUCCCAGGUAACCAAUGUCCAGCUCCACACGCUGCCACCACGCCUGGAUGUCACCAGUGGCCAGCUCCAAGCGAGGGAGGUGACCAACGUCCAGCUCCAAGUGCCGCCACGGCCCUCAGAUGUCACCAAUGUCCAGCUGCCACCGCCCUCCCAGGUGACCAACGUCCGGCUCCAGGUGCUGCCACCACCACCUGAGGUGACCAGUGUCCAGCUCCAAGCAAUGCCACCGCCCUCCCAGGUGACCAAUGGCCACCUCCAGGUGCUGCCAACACUGCCUGAGGUGCCCCCUGUCCACCUGGAGCCCACAGAGGAGGUGUCCAGUGUCCACCUGGAAACCUUGGAGGUGCCCAGUACUCACCUGGAGACCUCAGAGGUGCCUAGUGCCCACCUGGAGACUUUGGAGGUGCCCCCUAUGACCCUGGAACUUGCCACGGAGGUGCCCAGUGCCCACCUGGAAGCGAUGGAGGUGCCCAACAUCCACCUGGAAACCUUGGAGGUGCCCAGUGCUCACCUGGAGACAGCAGAGAUGCCCAGUGCCCACCUGGAACCCCCUGAGGAGGUGCCCUGUGCACACCUGGAGCCCACAGAGGUGCCCAGUGCCGACGUGGAACCCCCUGAGGCAGUGCCCUGUGCUCACCUGGAAACCUUGGAGGUGCCCCCUGUGCACCUGGAGACAUCAGAGGUGCUCAGUGCCCACCUGGAGCCCCCCGAGGAGGUGCCCAGUGGACACCUGGAGACCUCAGAGGUACCCAGUGCCCACCUGGAGGUGAUGGAGGUGCCCAGUGUCCACCUGGAGCCCAUGGAAGAGGUGACAAAUGCCCACCUGGAGACUUUGGAGGUGCCCCCUGUGCACCUGGAACCCACAGAGGAGGUGCCCGGUGCCCACCUGGAGACCUUGGAGGUGCUGGGAGGGGCAUCUGCCUACCUGUGCCUGCAGGGCCCAUGGAAGCAGUGGCUGAGGAGGAAGAUGAGGAGGAGGAGGAGGAGGAGGGGGAGGCCCAGGAGCGGCUCCUGCAGCACCUGAUGGUUCAGACGGGACGAGACCUCCCCCAGUGCCACCUGGAGCGGGACUGGGACAUACUGGGAGAACUGGGCAGUGGCUCCUAUGGGCACGUGGUGCUGGCACAGCCCCGGGACGGGGGUGCACCAGUGGUGCUGAAACUGCUGCAGAAGGACCGGACGGGCAG